UCGGGGCACACGAUAACCCCUCGCCCCAUGGUAUACAUAGUGGCCGAGUGGAUGCGCUUGUACAAAACCCAAAUGGAAACCGCUUUUCAGGCCAGGUGACUCACCAGAGCUCGUCGAUCAACCGAUGACUCGGUUCUUUUUCUGCGACCUCUACUCUUUCUGUCUCUCCUCUCUCCAGACCUCAAGUAGUAACUAGUUUUAUCAUAGAACACAUUGCGUGUGGGGCAGUUCAUUCUUGUUGUCUGAUGCUGUUUUGUCAUGAUGUUAGAUUUGGCUGCAAAGAAGUGUGUAUCAUGCAGCUCGAAGGAUAUGCAGCCUAUGACAGAAGAAAAUGCAACUGAAAUGAAGCCAAAGGUUGCUGGGUGGAAUUUGGUGAAUGAAGAUGGUAAACUGAAGCUGAAUCGAUCAUGGAAAGUAAAGAGUUUCACCAAAGGAUUGGAGUUAUUUCAGCUAGUAGGGAAUGUUGCUGAAACAGAAGGUAUUUAUCCCUCGUUUAUGCUUGGCAAUGGUGCAUUUCUACUUUGGUCAAUGCAGGUCAUCACCGGAUCUUCAUCUUGUUGGAUGGAACAAUGUGAAAAAUGAGAUAUGGACUCAUGCGGCUGGUAAGAGCUUCUUGCUAAUCACAUGAAUCAUGUAGGAGGUUAAUUUAAGACCUAGUCCAGCCUCCUUUCCUUCUCAUUAUCUAAGCCAAGUCUCUAAGAACAUUUUCCUUCUUGCCUUGUUUUACUUUAUUCAAGCUUUGUCCCUUUUUUCAUUCUCAAUGAAAUAAGUCAAGGGCAUUAAAUAUGAAAAAAUUGUGUUGCCAAGCAUGUAACCUUCCAGUUUGAAGGAACUAAUGAUGGGCAUUAAACUUUCAAAGAUCUAGGAAGAGAUCUUUUGAGCCUCAAUGUCAGGGGUGGAUCUUCACCUGUUCAUCUUCCCUGCCGUCCCCCACCUUCCUGCUUCGGGGGUGGCUUCAUAUUUGACAAAGGUGGACAUUUCUCGUAUGACCACCGGCGAUGUUAAGCUUUUAAUGCCAAACCUUAUAUUUUUAGUUGAUCCAUAAAUUUCUUUUUAUGCAGAGAUGGUUUUAAAUAACUUUUUCUCUUUGUACUAUUUUCGUCUAUGCUAAGGUCCUCUAUCAUCAACCAGGAAAUUAUAAGUAGAGAGGGGAAGAAGCAGUGAAAAUCUUCAAGCUCGCACUCUAAUGAACUUUAAAAGAAGUAAUGAGAAAUCCUCUUUUGCAAAAAUCUUUCUCAGAAUCAGUAAUCCAUCAAACUGUUAAGACACUUACAGAAAUUAUUCUUGUCAUCACAUUCUACUCUUGAAAAGAACUUUUUGAUGAUAAAAUGCUUAAUUGUUUAGCUAGU